ACAUCCUAAUAGAUUUAUCUCUUAGACGCAGUUUAGUCCUAUUUUCUGACAAGCAAAAAAGUAGUGAACAGUGAAUCGUCCAGAUGAAGAUCCUCCAAGUUUCAAAUUUGUCUGACGUCCUACCAAAAUCUUUUUUUAAAGACAAGAAAUUAGUAAGUGUUCAAAAUAAUCAAUUUACUGCUGCCGGUGAAAAUUAUGGAAGUUCCGUCAUCUCAAUCGUCAUCACUUUGCAACAUGACGAUUCACAAGAGCAAGAAGAAAUUAACACUGUAGCUAAACUCCUUCCACCCAAUCAGUUUAUAAGAAACUUCAUGAACAGUUCUUACACAUUUCGUAACGAGUUAGGCUUUUAUCAAACAAUUCUUCCAACGUUACGACUUUUCCAAAAAGAACAAACCUCUGUGGAGACGUUAGAUUUCUUCCCAAAAUUUUUGGGAGGGCGGUUAAGUCUUGACUCGUCUGCGAGAUUUCCAGAUGAUAAUGCUAUAAUUCUACUGGAGAAUCUCAAAGACAGUGGUUUUGAGCUCCACGAUCGUCACAAUGGUUUUGAUCUAGAAGCAACCAAAUUGAUUUUGAAAAGAGUAGCAGAACUUCAUGGGGUAGCACUAGCUUUAAAAACUACUCCAGAAUUUGAACAAACGUUGUCGUUGUACUUUGAGGAAUUUCGGAUGUUUGGGGGUGAUGAUGGACUCCCCAUGUUCCAAGUUUUGAAAAAUAAGGUGAUCAAGGUGCUCGAAGAAGACGAAUUUUGUCGCGUCCAUAUGGACAGAAUUAGAUUAGCCAUAGAUGUAUGCACUACUAAUCUUUUAUUGCCAAAAAAUGUGGCCAAAUUUCGUCAAGACACAUUUGCUACGUUCAUUCACAGUGACUUAUGGAUAAACAAUAUCAUGGUGAGGAAGCACCAGAAUAAAAUAGAAGAAGUUAAAUUCCUCGACAUGCAACUAUGCGAAUACGCUUCUAUAACCAAAGAUCUCUUGUUUUUUCUUUUCACAAGUGUAGAGAACUCAGUGUUAACACAAAGUUUUGAUCAAUUACUGUCUUUCUACUAUAAUGAACUAAAAGAAAAUCUAGAAAAAAUGAAGUGUUAUCGAAACGAAUUUAGUUUUGACGCUUUGAAAACAGAAAUGAGGGAUGUGGCCAGUAAUAUCGGAUAUUUUAAUAUUAUCAGAGGAAUGCCUGCGGUUUUUGGAGCUAUAGAUGUGGUUUAUGAGGCUGAGGAUCUUAACAGAGAUCGUUUACUACAUCAGCUCGAAUUUUCGGAAGUUUGUAAAACGAGGAUUUGUUUAAUCACACGAGAAUUUAUUCACAAAAGAUGGAUUUGAUGAUUUAUUGUUAAAUUAGGGUUAUAUUAGAAAAUAUUUAUAGGCAGGCUGAGUGUCAAAAUUAACAUGUUUAAGGUUAUCUAAUGAUUGCAAAAUUAAACACUGAUAAAUUAAACUGCCCUUGUUUUUAUGUUUAUGGCAGAGAUUACACAUAUCUAUAAUAAAUGAUUUACACAUUGAA